AUGUAUCGAAACCGCGCAAAUGCCUGCCGUUGGAAACAGCUUCUUCGCCAAGCGGCGUUGCCUCAACGAAAGCCGGCCGGCAGGCCGGCUGAGCUGACGUAUCGUUCGUCGACCGACCACCCGAUUCGCCGCAACUUAUUGGUAUUGUCAUGUACGCUCACCACGAAAUUGGAACACCUGUGGACUUGUCUGACUGAAUUCGAGUCGUAG